AUGAACAUUAUAUGCCAGCACGAUUGCACGCAGCGCGGCACGCUCGCCCGCCCGCUCGUUCACUCGUUCACUCGCUCGCUCGCUCUCUCGCUCGUUCAGCUCUUAUUCUGUCACAAUCCAGUUUUAUUUCCAAAUAGGUCAUCAACCUGUGCCAGUAGUGCUCGUCGAUUUUCUGCUGUUGCAGCCCCGACGACGACCGUGACGGCGUCAGAACGUGGUGCUGAUUGGAUGGGUACGGUAUCAUCGAAGUUUAGUCGCACAACCAAUGAUGAUCGCGUGAUGGCGCUCGUGCAGCUAGAGUUUCUCAGUUUCUCACUUUUGCGCAUCGACACCCUGCUCUGCUCCGCUCUGGCUAGUCACUGUGCUUCUUACUGA